AUGUCGGCCAGUGACGAAGAAGACGACUACAUGUCGAUGGUCAUCGAGGAGCCCAAGCAGAAAGAAACCUUUGCGCAACGCAAGCUCCGACAACAACGCGAGUCCGAAGCCCGUGGCAGAGUCCCAUCGAAAGCCGAACGCGCCGCCCAAGAGGCCGUCCGCCGCGAUGAAGCCCUGGCAACCAGCACGCUCAACCCCUCCAACAAGGGUUUUCAAAUGAUGGCGAAGCUGGGAUUCAAACCUGGCGAGGCACUAGGGAAACGCGAUCCCACCGCCACAGACUGUAACGCGCCUCCAGCCCGUUCUGAGCCUCUGAACCUGGUGUUCAAGGAGAAUCGCGGUGGCAUCGGGUUAGACAGCGAGAAGAAGCGCAAGAUCCGCGAGGAGGCGGAGGAAGCCGUUAAGAAGAUCAAGCACGAGGAAGGUGACUACCGGGAUCGGGUCCGGGAGGAACGCGAAUUGAGGCGCACCGAGGCGCUGAUUCGAGCGGCGCAGAAGGUCGCCGAGCGCUUGGAUACUGAGGCUGAAGAUGAUGUGGAGGAGGAGAAGGGGAAGAUGAAAAAGACGGAUACCGAGGAAGAAGACACUGGGCGCACACAGGAUGCCAAGGAAGACGCAGAGGAAAAGGAAGAUGGCGCGGCCAGUGACGAAGAACCGACAGCCCGCCAGCCGAAACAUAUCAAGCCCACACCCAUCAUCAAUGUCCUCUACCGGGGCCUCGUUCGCGAACGCGAGGAACGAGAGCGCUCCAUCCAGGCCCGCCAUGCUCUCCAAAGCUCCCUCCCGUCAUCUUUUUUCCCGAACCCCCGUCUACCGAGCUACAAUGACUCUGUCCUGGAGCGAGACGACCAGCAGGCUCUUGGCAGCCGACAGGAUCCAUAUACCGCCGCCGUGGAGCAAGAACUUGAGGAAGAAGAUCCGGAGCUGGAUGCCUUCAAUGCGCUCGAGCCUGCAGAACGGUUCCACAAACUGCUUCUUUACCUGCGCCAGGCGCAUUUGUAUUGCUUCUGGUGCAAGUAUCGCUACGAAACCGAAGAAGAUUUGGAGGGCUGUCCGGGGCUCACGGAGGAGGAUCAUGAUUGA